CCACAUUAGGUUAAGUCACUAAUACAGACUUCCAAGUCUAAGUAGCAAGUAAUUGUCAGACUUGGAAAUAGAAGCUACAUUAUCUGACUCUUAUUCCCCUUCAAAGAGGAACAUUCUCUUUAGAUGUGUGUGUGUGUGACCUGCUGAAUUGAUAUGAAAAAGCCAAGAGAAAAUACAGCUACCCCAUAGAUGAGUCAUAGACACCUUCAGUUUUUCUAUUCUUAUAUCAUGAUCCAACGGUUGGAAGUCGAAGCUAGACAAAUUAAGAUAGGAAAUCAGUCAUAAAUUAUUGACAGUGAGGGUGAUAUCAGAGACUCCAUUUUAAAAUCCCUAGAUCCCUGGUUUCCAUUUUAAAAAAGCAAGAGUCAUUCCAUCAAUAGAUGGAAGCUGCAAGUCACAGAGCACUAAAUGUAGAAUUGUCAGGAAAACCAAAUUGGUGAGGAGAAAGGUGUGAAACAACCAGUGAUUCAGCAAAUCAUACCACUAUCAGGUAAAUAACAGUGGCAAGCUAAAAAUAGAAACUGACAGCACAAUAAGGUAAACAAGUAGGAUGAUGUGUCUAAAAAUAGAAUUGAGAAAUGGUAUAAAGGUCAGUGUGUCAGUUAAAAGCUGACAGUUAAGAAGAGAACACUCUCGGAAAAACAGCAGCAGAGGGAGUCUUGUCCUGUCACAGGAGUUGAGCAGAGAGCUGAGAAGAGAGAAGAACUGCUGCCAUCAACGACCUGUGGAGACUGAUUACCCUCACAGAACGUGGCCAACUCAGCUUCACCACUAAUUGGAGAGCGUGCAGUAGCAUGGAGAGAGAGAGUGAGCACAGGAGAGACAAUGCAGCAUAGUCAGUAAAUGGAGCAUGAAAGAUGGAGAGUUCAAAUACAAUCAUCCACAAGCCUUUGAGAGCAAGAAAAACAAUGACUCCAAGUAGUCGAAAACAAGUGGAAAUGCUGAGUAAAAUAAAGAGUAUUUCAGGACAAGAAAAGAUUCUAAACGGCUUGCAUACUGAGGUUCACCACGUUCAGUUAAAUACUGUGGACAUAAACUGCAGAAGUAAUGAUUCUGUAAAAGGAAGCUCACUAACUGAAUCAAAAACAGAUACGUUCCCUGAAAAAAGUGAAAUGUUACCUCAAAAAUUAACAGCCUCAAUACAGGGGUUCAGUGUUAACUCAAAAGUAAAUGAAGAAAUAAAACAAUGUUCUUAUGACAAAAAUUUUGAUCAAAACUGUCAAGAAGAAUCCCAAGAGCCUCCCCAUGAGAAAUCUUGUAACACAAACUCUGAUGCAAAACAGUUUCUAAAUGCUGGGUGUUUACAAGAUAUACUGCAUAAAUGGUAUGAAAAUGAACUAAAUACACCAUCCUCCAAGCCAAUUGAAGUGCAUUUGUAUUCAAAACCAAAUAACCUACCUAUUGACCAGUUAAAAGAGAAUGCUUGUUUAGAAGAUCCAGUUAACAGUGAUUAUUGGGAUGAAAAAAGAACUAACAAGAUUAUUCCUAUUUUAGAAAAGAUAGACACAACAACAGAAAGAGAGAGUGCAAUAGAAGAGGUUAUUCCCACAUUAAAGAAGGUAGACACGAUAUCUGAUUCAAAUGAUGUGAAGCACAAAUAUAACCUUACUCAUUCAGUUUCCCCCACACUGCCUGGGAUAGAUAGAAUAGCUGAUGUUUUAGAGAGUAGAACAGCCCAUGGAAAUGGUAGUCCAAAUACUUUACCAGAUGUGGAAGCUACUGUUAUGCUGCAGGAUACAUCACCUGAAUAUAGUAUUGACAAUGCUCAAAGGAAGAGGAUAUGUUCAGAAAGCAAGGAAGACAGUCACUGUAAACGCUUCAAAACUUCUGAUGAAAACAAAAAAGAGAAUAUUUGUACAGUGUCAGAAAAAGAGGAAAAUUUUUUGGGAAAGGUCAAACACUUGAUUCAAAAGCGUGUGGAUAUUUUAAAUAAUGACGUCUUUAACCAUAAACUGGAAAGUUUAAAUGGAAGAGUUGAUCAAACACAAUGUCGAAAAAAACAUGAAGAAAUAGCUAUUACAUUUCUAAAGAAAGUGUCUAAGCUCGAGAGACGUAUUAAUACUGUGAUAGCAUUUCAGAAGAAAAUAUUAUUGAAAAUGGUCACUAGUAAGGCAAAUCUUCCAGGUGCAAACUCACAAAAUGCGAUACUAAAUAGAACUAAAUCUGUUCCACUGCUUCCUGAUAACAUAAAUGGACGAUCAGUUUCUUCAGUUAAACAUGUAUCAUCAUCCCAUAGACAAACUGGUUCUACUUCUGAAUGUGUUGCAGAAGAGCCUGUAAGCUCUGAUGAAGUUAUACUGAUUUCUGUGGAAAGCAGAAAUUCAACAACUGUAACAACUACAAACAAUUCAGAUGUUCGAAAAAAAUUAGUUUCUACACAAGCAGAAAUUUCCACUGAAGCUCAAUCCAAAAACAAGCGUGCUGAAGAACAAAAAUGUGCAGUGAUUGAUCUAACAGAAGAAGAAAAGCACAAUUUUGAUAAAGGUGAAGGAAAAAAUAAUUUUGUUUAUAGAGAUUCUGAAAAUGAGAACUUAAAAUGUAAUAAGUGUCAAGACCUGGAUGGGAGAACUCAGGGUGCUGCAGGAAAUAGUAUUAGUGGCUGGCUUGGUAAGUUAAAAGAAGACCAGAAUUCUGUGUCAAACAAAAGUAAUUCAAAGACAGCAAGCCCCAAAUCAAAUCGCCUUGAGCCACCAGCACAAGCAUCAAAUCAGGUUCUUGAACAUUUUCCACAUCUUCCUCCGCUACCAAGGAUACCUCCAUACCCAGAACUCAAGGAUGGAGUCAGAGACACUGUGCCACCUCAGAAACCUGAACUAAAACUGGCUCAGGUGCAAAAUCCAAAAGGUAUUGCACUCUCAUGGACUGUUACAGAGAUUGAUCCCAUGUGCGCUCCUGUAGAGAGCUAUCACUUGUUCAUAUACCAUGAACACUCCAAUAACAGUACUGUACCACACUGGAAGAAAAUAGGAGAAAUAAAGGCUUUGCCCCUACCAAUGGCUUGUUCUUUAUCACAAUUUACAGCCUCCAAGAAGUACUACUUUACUAUACAAUCAAAAGAUGUAUGUGGACGUUAUGGACCAUUUUGUGAUAUACAGUCAAUUACUUUAAUUUCUCUGGAAAACUAAUAAGCUACCUCAAUAACUGUUACAUGGUUGUUUCAGUUUGAAAUAUUGUAUUUUUACUUGUAAACAAUCCAGAGCCAAGGAAUGAAUUGUACUACAGACUGUAUUCGCUCAGUUCUGUUUCUUAUCUAUCAUGCCAACUAUCAGUUAUUUAUAUUCUGAGCAUUGUUCUAUACAUUUUGUAAGUUGUUUCUAAUAACUUGACACUGAGAAUUCUGUUUAUAAAACUAAUUUCAGUUCUGUGUUUAGUUAUUUUCCUUCUCAGUCCUUCUCCUCCCAUUCCUUUCAAUGGGCAUCAUUACCUGUAGGAUGUACUUGGAACAUAAAGGAAUAAAAUUUUCUACUUGGUAA